ACUCUUGUCUAUUUCUGCGAAGCUUUUUCCUGUGAAGUUACUCAUGGUUAUAGUUGAUGGCCAUAGUGAUGUGCUCCAGAAAUUUUUGCUGGAGUUUCAACUUCCUUGCAUGCUUAUUCGCAAGACAAUAUUAGUACAAGACUGGCAUUCCAACGGGAUUUAUUCGAACCUGUCCUACUGGGUUCAAUAUCUUAAUUCAUGUUUUCACCAACUGGGUCUACCUGAUGCUGCACAAGUCUCCUCCGGUGACUGGUUCAAAGUCAGCGCUGGUAUACAUAAACAGAGAGAAGUGCAACAAAUUUUUUUGGUAAUUCAAUUUCUCAGGAUACUUCUCUUACCGAAUCUUCUCUUCCCAAAAAGAUCUGUUUAUCUUUCGAGAUGGCACUAUCCAAGUCCUUCACACCAGGUCUUACAACAUAUGACUCGCAAUUUAAAUGUGUUGUGGAUUGAGUUCUUGCGGUGGAAAUAUAAGUUGCUCUCAACUGGUUGGUGGAGUAAUUUGUUCUUCGAAGCUGGGAAUUGUAAUCAGAUUGCUGCACGUUGUGUUGUCAGGCUCAUUUGUGUGCUGUUGAGAAGGAUUGAGCAGUUUAAAAUUCUAGUCUUUGAUAUAUUAGUUGGGUGUGUAGUGUCAAGCCGGAAUUGUGGUGAUAUUCUCUCGCAGUUUCAACUUGGUCUACAUAAUACUUCACUAGACUCCUGUAACACUAUUCAAGCUCUUGUGCGACAACCAGGUACUAAUGCACUUCAGUAUCAUCCUCGCACUGUUUUUUAUACUUCUAUACAUUUUCUAGCAUGUUGUCGUCUAUGGUUGGGGUUUUGUAGCGAGUCAGACUACUUGGAAAUGAUUAGAGAUGUUAGAAAAGCUAAUGCUGUUGUGUUGCUGACUAAUUCGACGAAGUUUACAUAUCUUCUAGUGCUUAAUAUCUCAGUCACAACAAUUGCUAGAACUCAGUGGUCUUUUUGGCGAAUUAGUCAUUUUCUGCGUCCUCAAUUGCGUACAUCUGAAGUAUUUUGGAAGUUUCUGUUACAAGUGCGUGUUAAGUUUACAGUUGAGCACUCAGGUUGGAAUUGUAUGCACACAUCUUUUUGUGUUUGGAUUUUUCCUUCAGGAUGUAGCCAUGUGAAGGCUCCUCUGUACUCAACUGGGAAGAAUCGGGACUCGACAGAAUAUUCUAUAAAGAUGAUGGGAAUCCCAUUUUUGCUCACUGUGAUUCCACAUGGGUUGAAUGUAGAAAAUAUAGUUGGAAUUCAAGUCUUGAUCUUGGUAAUUAGGAGUCUACACAAGUUGGUGAGAAUAGAGUACUUAAGGUGGAAAUUCAGAUUUCUUUACCAUUCUCUUAUGGUGCUUCACUCGUUUAUUAGAAAUUGUUUCCAGUUCUUCCAUAGGGGUUCAUUUUUGCGCUUUCCAUUACCUAUACCCGUGAUUUAUGGAGCUCCUAGUGUUGCCGAGACGGUUGAAACGGUAGAUCCAACGUCUGUUGUAUUUAUUUUGUGGACUUCGGCUCAUAUUCAGCAUAAGUGUUUUUACUGCUUCCACCUGUGGUGUAUGCGGUCUCAACCAGUGCCAAGUUAUUUCAAACUGGAGUUUGCUGGAGGGGUACUGGAACUUCAAUUCAUCCUCUUGGUGGUUCACAAUCCAAAGGGGAAUCUAUCCUACGACACACACAUUUGGUGCUUCUCCACGUACAACAGGCGCGGACCCCCCACUUUUGGAGCUUCACUCAACUUCCAUCCUUCGGGACAAGGAUGCUUCCAAGGAGAGUGGAAUGUCACGGUGUAGAAUGUAGGGGCUACCAGGCUGUGUGCCAGUAGUAGUUAGUUAAGGGGUGUCCAUAUCAUAUUUAUGUCUAUUUGUAGUAGUACUCAGUUAGGUGUAAAGGUUGGGUUGCAUUAGCCCACGUGGAGUGUUAAUGGCCGUCAGAUAUUGAGAGAGUGACCUAGCUUUAUAUACCCAAGUAUCUGUAAUGAAACUCUUAUCCAAUAUAUGAAAAUACAUUUUUUGAUCGUUAAAUCGAUU